AUGCCUUCCGCCAUCAAAGAUAUCCGGGUCACGCCGAUGGAGCACGGCUCCAAGAGCAAUGUUGAUUUCGGCGCCACAGUGCACGGCAUCGAUCUGAACGAGUUCACCGACUCGGACUUCGAGAUAAUCCACGAAGCCCUACACAAGCACAAAAUGCUCGUUUUCAAAGAGCAGCCUAAGAUGCUCGCGCCUCAGCGACAAUAUGAUCUGACUCGGAGAUUCGAUCCGGAUGAGACGACGGGCGGGUUUGCCCAUGGUGUUGAUCCGUUUCUCACGUCCCACAACGACGUCGAUAUAUACGGUCUCCCUAACCGUCCUGCGAUUCCUGUACAGCCGCAGGUGCAUAUCCUUGGACGGGGAGAACUCCCUGACAACCACUACCAAUUCCCGCCGGGCUUCAAGGUCAAGGGCAUCGAUCACCACUAUUUCCAUCUCCCUCCCCACAUCCCCAGCGAGGAACGAGAAGCUGGGAAAUCUCGAUUCUACCAAUGGCAUUUCGACGGCUCUUUGUACGCCAUUCCUCCGCCUCGAGUGGGGUGUCUGCUCGCUGUAAGAACGCCCAAAGGACCGGAUGUGAAGGUUCAAUGGGAUGAUGGCACGGGAACUGAGAUGGCCAUCGCGCCUGGAGCCACAGCUAUGGUGGCCGGAUCUCGGGCUCUUGAGCUCCUUACUCCUGAGCUGAGAGACAUUGCAUAUAAUAGCAAAAUCGAGUAUGCGCCGCAUUGCUUUGAGUGGAUGUCCACGGCGCAUAGUACUCGUCUGGGGCAUUCCAUCGAGACGGAAGGACUGGAAAAGCCGUUGGAUAAAUUAAAGCCCUGGACAGAGGAAAAGGUAUGUACAUACCCAAUGGUGUGGAAGAAUCCCAUGACUGGGGAGGACAGUCUGCAGGUUCACGGACAAGGCGCUUUAAAGUUAUUUCUGAAGAGUAGUCCGGAUGGAGAGGAGACCAUUAUCGACGAUCUCAGGGAAGUGAGAGCUUUUAUGCAUAAACUCAUGCGCCCGGUCCUUGAACCGAGUAACAUAUAUGCGCAUAGACACGAGGAGCAGGAUGUGAUUCUUUGGUACAACCGGGCUCUCUGGCACUCAAUUACCGAGUUUCCAGAGUCAUAUGGGCCGAGAAUCAUGCAUCAGUGUAAUGUCGCAGCUUCAGAUCAUCCAGUAGCCGCUAGGCAACUUCCAGCAUGA